AUGCAAGAACUACAGAUCCCAUCGAAGCUGCAGGAAUCAUAUCUGAGUUGGGCCCAGUAUCCGGAGAACCUGCUUUCUAGCAGCACAGACACCUACUCUGGCGAUUUACAGAUAUAUAAACGGCUGCUAGACCGUGUCGAAAAUGAUCUAUUCGUCGACGGUGGUCCUGAUGCGGAUAUUGAGGUUUCAUUUCGAGACCUACACAAUGCAUCUGGAAAUGAGCUGCAAAAACUCAAUGCGCACGAUGCAGUCAAAGCGAGGAACUUCUUGGGUUUACAACUGGUUCCUGAUGCGAAUAACCCGGCAAAGUCGGUAAUGGUUGCACAAAGAAGAGAUCCAGGGUCCCGGUUCAUAUAUAUCAAGGGCCAGCACUCCCGGGCUCCACUGAACAUCACACGUCAACUGAUGUGCGAGAUUUUCUCCUACCAUCAGGUCAUGCCUAUCUACCUAGACUUCGUGUUUGUCUUUGGUGCACAGAGCGAGCCAAGAGACCGAAGAUUCAGCGGCUUUCGCCAACAAAGCUUUCUGUCCGAUCCGCCUCGCGGACUAGCGGUCCCAAGUCUUGGGCGAAGUGGGCGGCUAUACCAGCUGUGCUACAAUCUGAAAACGGUGACUUUGAAGUCUGAAGACCCCAAGAACAUCAGUUUGAACGAGUGGUCAGUUCAGCCUGCCGCAAUACAUCAUCGGUUCGACAUCGUCUACGGCACAGCGCUUUGGAUAGUGACAAAAGGGGGCGACGACCUGCUCGAACGCUACAAGUCGUUGACGGGCCCGGAAGGGAGGCCAGAGAACAUGACAUUUGACACGUUACAGGACAGUUUUCGAGCCAGCCUUGCCCCCCAUUUGCUCUUCGCCCACUGGUCGACGGCAAACUGGCGGUGGUACAUACUAUGGCUUGAGUCUUUGCUUGAAGAGGAGACUUCUAUGGUAGUCCUUGGUCUCCGUGGGUCAGGCCGAGCGCAGUACACCUAUACUAUCCGACAUCUCCAAACCGUUACGGCGCGGGAAGACCAGAUUAGUGAAGCCAUCAUGCUACUGGAAGCCAAUGUGGACGUCAUGCAGUCUUUGUGCAACUUCUACGACAGCCUCAGGACCAAGAAAGAGAUACCCCAGACCCUGAGAGAUGAAUGCGACACGGACAUAACCACAUUCAUAGCCCAGGCCAACGACAUGAUAUCGAACUUGAAGCUGCAAAUUGUCCGGGCGAAUCUACUGAACAAGAUCACCAAAGACAGAAAGGAGCUGAUCAUCCAACUGCUACAAACUCAAGCGGCAGAGCGCAUGGAAGAAUUGAACCUGAACAUGGAAGGUGAAGCCAUUGUCAUGCGAAUCAUCACUAUUGUCACCUUGGUUUAUCUCCCCGCGACAUUUGUUUCGACUUUCUUCAGCACUGAUAUCAUCAAGUAUCAGGAUCAGGCUGGGGGACCGCCUACCGAUGGCGUCUUCUCCAGUGUGGCAAUGUAUAGAUGGUUACAAGUGACCCUGCCUUUGACCUUUUUCACAUUCAUCGGAGCAUUCUGGGCCCUUAGGAUUGCAGAGAAAAAGAGAUGGGGAAGGGAUGAUCCAAGUCAAAAGCAACAACCACGGAAUCUCACUCGUUCUGUGUCAAACCCCAACUUUGACACGACAUUACCAACUGUCAACAACGCUGGCAGUGUGGUCUGA